GAGGGACAAAUUCGGGAUUCGAUAGACAACAAUGUGGGCUCUUUGUCUGGGCCUUGAGGGGUAGUCAUGGUGAGUAAGGGUGAUAUAAAAGCAGGCAUCGCGCAGAGCAAUCAGGCCACAUUAUCUCUUCAAGCUUCUUGACAUCCCGUUAGUCUCAGACGUCACCCUUCACCGUGUCCAAAGAGAUAUAGCUACAGCUGCCCACGCAAAGGCAAACACCACAACUUCUCGUUUCCGAGCUUCUCCAGCUUGUCCUUCUUUCACAAUGGUAUUUGCCCGCUCAGUUCAACGCCUUGCGCGCCCUGCCUCCUCCAUACUCUCCGCGAGAUCUGCACCCCGCAUUGGAGCUCCCUUUCUCCGCCAACCACCAAACGGAGCGCGAGGGCUAACAGCAACUUCACGUCAACAGGGCAAAGUUCUGCUUGUACUUUACGACGGCGGCGUCCACGCCGAGCAAGAACCCCAGCUUCUGGGUACCACCGAGAACGAGCUGGGCAUCCGGAAAUGGAUUGAGGAGCAAGGCCAUACUCUCGUCACCACCUCGGAUAAGGAGGGCGAAAACUCCAAGUUCGACCAAGAGCUGGUUGACGCUGAAGUGAUCAUCACCACACCAUUCCACCCCGGCUACCUCACCGCCGAGCGUCUCGCCAAAGCCAAGAAACUGAAGAUUGCUAUUACUGCUGGUAUCGGUUCUGACCACGUCGACCUCAACGCCGCGAACAAGACCAAUGGCGGCAUCACUGUUGCUGAGGUCACUGGCUCCAAUGUCGUCUCCGUCGCUGAGCAUGUCGUCAUGACGAUCCUGACCCUGGUCCGCAACUUCGUCCCUGCCCACGAGCAGAUCCAGGCUGGCGACUGGAACGUCGCCGCUGUCGCGAAGAACGAGUAUGACCUGGAAGACAAGGUCGUCGGCACCGUGGCGGUUGGCCGCAUCGGUGAGCGUGUCCUGAGGCGUCUCAAGCCCUUCGACUGCAAGGAGCUACUCUACUUCGACUACCAGCCGCUAUCUCCGGAGGUGGAGAAGGAGAUUGGCUGCCGUCGUGUGGACAGCUUGGAGGAGAUGUUGGCACAGUGUGACGUCGUUACCAUCAACUGCCCGCUGCACGAGAAAACCCGAGGACUGUUCAACAAGGAGUUGAUCUCCAAGAUGAAGAAGGGAUCAUGGCUCGUGAACACUGCUCGUGGUGCCAUUGUUGUGAAGGAGGAUGUCGCUGAUGCCCUCGCAUCCGGUCACCUCAGGGGAUACGGUGGUGACGUGUGGUUCCCACAGCCCGCCCCCAAGGACCACCCUCUCCGAUACGCAAAGAACCCAUGGGGAGGCGGAAACGCUAUGGUGCCCCAUAUGUCCGGUACCUCGAUUGAUGCGCAGAAGCGAUAUGCUGCUGGCACCAAGGCAAUUCUGGACGAAUACUUCUCUGGCCGUCUAAAGUACAGGCCUCAGGAUCUGAUCGUGCACGCGGGCGACUAUGCCACCAAGGCAUACGGCCAGCGAAAGUAGACGAGUUUCUAGCAUUUAGUUUUGGGCUGUAAGUGAAAGUGGUGUUCUUCAGGUUGAACAACGGGUUUUCUCAAUAUGGAGGGUCAUGGUUCUAGCAAAUACCUUGAAUGUAACGCAAACUCAAUCCAAAUGCUAUGCUUGACAAUUUUAUGUACCAAGAGGGGUAUAUG